AUGACACACCAAACUCAUGCUUAUCACAUAGUAAACCCCAGCCCCUGACCAUUAACAGGAGCCCUAUCAGCUCUUCUUCUAACAUCAGGAACAAUCAUAUGAUUCCAUUAUAACUCUAUAAUCCUAAUAACCAUAGGAUUAGUAUCAAUACUUCUAACAAUAUAUCAAUGAUGACGAGAUAUUAUCCGAGAAGGAACAUUCCAAGGACAUCACACACCUAUUGUACAGAAAGGCUUACGAUACGGUAUGAUCCUAUUUAUUAUCUCAGAAGUAUUUUUCUUUGCCGGGUUUUUCUGAGCCUUCUAUCACUCUAGCCUAGCUCCUACUCCAGAAUUAGGAGGCUGCUGACCCCCUACAGGUAUUACACCACUUAACCCACUAGAAAUUCCACUACUAAAUACUUCUAUCUUACUAGCCUCAGGUGUUACCAUUACCUGAGCCCACCACAGUCUUAUAGAAGGUAAUCGUACCCAAAUAAUUCAAGCUCUAUUCAUUACCAUUGCCCUAGGAGUCUAUUUUACACUUCUUCAAGCUUCAGAAUAUUAUGAAACCCCCUUUACCAUCGCUGACGGUGUUUACGGAUCAACUUUCUUUAUAGCAACCGGUUUCCACGGUCUACACGUUAUUAUUGGCUCUACUUUCCUUAUAGUCUGCUUCUUUCGUCAACUAAAAUUCCACUUCACAUCUAAUCACCACUUCGGGUUUGAAGCUGCUGCCUGAUAUUGACACUUCGUAGAUGUAGUAUGACUUUUCCUAUAUAUCUCAAUUUAUUGAUGAGGCUCAU